AUGACGGAAACUCUUAAUGCGUCCCGACCGGAUGUGACUGGUAAACUUCCGCAGUUGCAGAAUAUGGUAAAGCGUGAUCCGAUAGGCUACCACAUUGAAUUUAAAAUGCAGCAGCGCCACUUUGAGAGCGAGUAUCAGUUGUUUCUGCUGCAGCCCACGAAGGAGUCAGCGCAUUUUGGAGCCCUGGUGAGCUUUCUAAGUCACGUAGCAAAAUGCUAUCCUGUAGAAAUGGCGUCCUUUCCCGGUCAAAUAUUGGAAUUGCUGCGAAACAAUUACUUAGUGCUGGAACCUGAGCUCCGCAAGACGCUGGUACAGAGUCUCAUGCUUUUGCGCAACCGUGGCCUUAUGGAUGCCACCACGUUGCUAAAACUAUUCUUUGAGCUGUUUCGCUGCCCGGACAAGCGGCUACGAGAGCUUUUGUAUAAGCAUAUUGUGUCGGACAUUUGUCAGCUGAACGCCGCGUCGCGCAAUUUGAAAGUAAACAAGGCAAUACAAAAUUAUCUGUUUGAAAUGCUUCAGGACGAAAGUGAGCACGCUGCUAUCAAAUCACUUCAAGUACUGAUGGAGCUUUUUAAGCGCAAAAUUUGGCACGAUCAACGCACCGUUAACGUCAUCGCCACAGCGUGCACGAGCAAGAACACAAAGCUUCUGGUGAUGGCGUUAAGCUUUUUUUUGGGAAUUGACGAUGAUAUUUUGGAGGAUGAGGAACAGCAAAAGAAAGAGAAAAGAGCUCUUGUAGCUGUGGACUUCCACGCACACUCGAAGAAAACGAAGAAGCGUCAACGUGAUACUCUACAAGCACUUUACAAAAAUAAGAGGGCACGCAAACGCGACCUUGACUUCAUGGUGACAUUUCCAGCUAUCGAGUUGCUGAAUGACCCACAGGGCGUUGCUGAACGCCAGCUAAAGUUACUUAAGAGCUGCACCGAGCGUUUUGAAGUAAAGCUGCUUAUGAUGAACUUUAUUGGUCGUAUUCUGGGUUUCCACACACUAGUUGUACUUCCUUUCUACCCGCUGUUGCAGCGCUACUUACAGUCUCAUCAACAGAAUGUGACCGCUACUUUGGCAUACUUGGUGCAAUCUUGUCACGAUAAAAUUCCACCGGAGGAACUUUUGCCCAUUGUUAAAAGUAUUGCGCACAAUUUUGUUACCGAACGCUGCUCAUCCGAAGUUAUAGCCGUUGGCAUUAAUUCUUUACGUGAGCUGUUUCGUCGGAUUCCGUUGUUGCUAGAGUGCGAUGGGAUGGAUGUAUUAGUGAGUGAUUUGGUUCAGUAUAACCGCGCACGUGAUAAAACUAUUGUCAUGGCCGCUCGUGGUGUGCUUAAUCUCAUUCGAGAUAUACAUCCCGUUCUGCUUAAGCGCAAAGACCGCGGCAAAUUUCACAAUGAUACAGUCAAACCUCACCGCUUUGGGGAAUUUGUAGCAAGCGAAGGCGUGGAUGGUGCAGACUUGUUGGCGGAAGCUGAAGCUGCAGGACGCUUUGACGAUGAAGACAACAAGGAUGGAUGGGAGGUUGCUUCAAUCGCAUCGGACAAAAAUGGAUCUGAGAAUGAGUGGGUCGACAUAUCGUCCGAUGAAGAAUAUAAUACAUGUGGUACUGGAAUGGCGAAAGCGAAGAAUGUUGAGGAGGAGAAUGUUGAGGUGCUGGCAAUUCAGCAAAAGGAUCGCUUAGACGCUCGUCGUAUCUUGACUCCCCUCGAUUUUGAACGCAUCGAGAUGUUAAGAAAAGAGCGCGACGCGGCAUUGAAGGAUCCAAAGUCGCGAAGCAAGCGCAAGGCAGAAGAAGACGCCGCCAAAGCAAGCUCAGAUGCUACAAAAGUUAACCCGACCGAUCUUGAGGGUUACUCGAAAAAGAAGCGUUUGACGCAGGAGGAACGACUUCGUGCUGUUCUCAAAGGUCGUGAGGAUUUUAAACACAAGCGCUCAGGUGGCGGAACGACUAACACGGAGAAGAAACGUUUGAAGCAUUUCAUGAUGAUUAAGAAGAGCAAGUUUGUUCAAUCGAAGGUGCUGGUUUCGGCUCGCCAGGUGCAGUCCCAGAAGAAUCGUAUAGUGAAGAAGAUUCUUAAGCACGAUGCGAAGAAGCGUCGCAAAAUUUAG